AUAGAUAAUAAGCAGCCUGUGCUUACAAGAUGCAUGCCACUGUCUUGGUUGCUACCUAGAACUGAAUUAUAGACCGAAGCUCUGAGGGUGAUGCUUACCGAACGAAGCAAGCUAGAAAUAUGUGUAAGAAAAGUUUUGCAGGGGAACUUCCAUAGACCGAGGGAAGAGCUGGUAGGACUUUGUACCAAGCAAAUCGAGGAGCGUCAAGACCGAGUGGCUUAGGUUGGUCCAUCGAAGUGGGCAAGGGGGAGAAACAAAUCAGAAAACGACUGGCCUGGCCUGAUGGUAGAAUCCAUGUUGUGUCUGCCUCUCCUGUGGGCGCUCCAGAAACCAAAGGGGGAUCACUUUGAGUAAUCAUUCAUACACAAGUAAUCUUGCUUGAUGGCCAGUCAUGUUACAGACUGUAUCAUGCAGUUUGAUGCCUGUUUAAGCUAAGAGAACGGGGGUUUUCCUUCAGUUUGCUGCUUGAGAGAAAGCUUGUGACAGACAAGACGAAGAAAUGUCAUGGCUGGAGGCGGUUUGGGCCUUGAUGGUUUGGGCCGAGGAAGCAAAGAAGCCCAGCGAGAGGAUGAAGGAGGGCAAUCCUCCGAUACCACCGAGACGGGAGAGCCUCCACACCUGACCUCAGCAAAAGCAGCAGAUCGACAAAUCCUCCCCGCCACAGCCACCGUCCUCUCCAGCGAGUCUUCUUCUUCCUCCUCCUCCCGCUCGCUCGCAAGUGCCAAGACAGACUGCCAUGUCUCUAUCGAUUCCAAUGGUCUGUUGCUGAAAAGGACAAUCUGGUAGAGCGGCUCGCACGAUACAGACACAUGCACUUCUUGGGGAUGCUCGCCCCUCCUUCCUAGUAACAUUCUUCACCCCCCAUUUUCUUUGUUUCUACUUCUCUUUCCCUUUCUUGUGCUCCCUCCCCUCCUCAAUCCGUAUAUAUAAGCUAGCUGCUCGUUCUUGUUGGCUCCUUCUUCCUAUUAUUUCUUUGUUUGCUCCCUCCCCUUGCUGGUUGGCUGGCUGGGUCGGUCGGGUUCUUUCUUGAUCUGCAUUUCGCCCUCCGCCACCGGGAUGGAGAACGGACACGCCAAGAAUCUUGUGGCCGUCAUCGGCAGCGGCAACUGGGGCAGCGUCGCCUCCCGCCUCAUCGCUUCUAACACCGCUAAGUUGCCCUCCUUUCAUGAUGAAGUAAGGAUGUGGGUGUUUGAAGAAAUAUUACCAACAGGCAAGAAGCUCUCUGAGUCCAUUAACCAAGCAAAUGAGAAUUGCAAAUACUUACCUGGUAUAAAGCUCGGAGCUAAUGUAAUUGCUGAUCCUGAUUUGGAGAAUGCAGUGAAAGAUGCAAAUAUGCUUGUUUUUGUGACUCCCCAUCAAUUUGUGGAGGGUAUAUGUAAGAAGCUUGUGGGUAAACUAAGGCCAGGAACUGAGGGUAUCUCCCUCAUCAAGGGCAUGGAGGUCAAGAUGGAAGGACCAUGCAUGAUAUCUAAAUUAAUUACAAACAUACUUGGAAUCAAUUGCUGUGUCCUUAUGGGUGCUAACAUUGCAAAUGAGAUUGCUGUUGAGAAAUUCAGUGAAGCGACAAUUGGAUAUAAGAAAGACAAGGAAGUGGCAACCCGAUGGGCUAAACUUUUUACAACACCUUACUUCCUGGUUUCUGUUGUAGAGGAUAUUGAAGGAGUUGAAUUAUGUGGAACACUGAAAAAUGUCGUGGCCAUUGCAGCAGGUCUUGUUGAUGGUUUGGAUAUGGGGAACAAUACCAAGGCUGCAAUAAUGAGGAUUGGUUUGCGGGAAAUGCGUGCUUUCUCUAAGCUUCUAUCCCCUACAGUCAGGGACAACACUUUCUUUGAGAGCUGUGGUGUGGCUGACCUAAUAACUACAUGCCUUGGUGGGAGAAACAGAAGAGUCGCUGAGGCCUUUGCACGAAAUGGUGGCAAAAGGUCUUUUGAUGAGUUGGAGGCCGAGAUGCUACAUGGCCAAAAACUUCAGGGAGUGUCCACAGCAAAAGAAGUUUAUGAAGUCUUGACUUAUCGAGGGUGGCAAGAAUUGUUUCCUCUUCUGUCCACAGUGCAUGAGAUUUGUAUUGGUCAGCUACCUCCUACAUCAAUAGUUGAAUACAGAAUCCACUGAAUGCUGUUCUCUGAAGAUGUCAUCAAUAACAGUUUCAGCUUGCUAAAGGUCUUGAAGGACCUCUGCUUUCUAGUGGAGCAAGGCUCAGGAAAUUCUUCAUGUCAGUGUUCUUCGUUGCGGGGUCAUCAACUCAUCUGUCAGAUCUUGGACAUUUCCAGGCCUUCAGCAACAGUCCAUGCAAGAAGUCGUCAGAAUGCACUUACAUUUCACAUCUGUUUAUGACUGAUUACACAUUAUGCUCAUAUGUGCUUUAUUUUUUUAAUGAUACAACGCAUCAGUAUGUGAGCAAUAUAGUUUGCUCAUAUUUGUUAUCGUCUAACAGUGGCUUGUUAACUAUGUUGAGGUUUUAUAUUCACAACUAAAAACUUUGUACGCUGGGAAUACUUAAACCCCUUAACAGUUCAAGACUCCAGGCUGUGUUUAAUAUUAGUCCAACAUUUGCCUGAGAAUUGUUA